UCCAAUCGAUUAAACUUUACUAAUUGAAUCUACAUCUAUUCUUCAAUUUAAAUUUUGCUGACGUCAGAUAUUUCAAUAUUGCUUUGCUCUACGACAUCAUGUAUUCGCACGCAAUUAAAAGACGAUAUGUAGCUGCUUGUACGAUAUAUUAAACUAUUGGAAAACUGUACUUGAAAGACACGAAAUUACCAAGGACAGAUAAGAAUGGAUCGACUAGUUUCGUCAUCGUUGGUACUUUUGCGCGUGUCGAAUAUAAGUCUCGUCUCACGAUUGCCAGUAUGCGCGUGUUUCCCUAGUAGUGAAUCAUUUCCAGAUGUGUCGGCCUUACAGGAGUAUUGUUUCGUACAAAUCCGCGGUGCAGCGAGUUUUCUCGCCUGACAUUCAAACAAACCGCGGAAACAUUAUCAACUUCUCGACCCUUUAUCAAAAAAAGUGACUACUAAAUAUGCGUCUUAUUUUAAUAAAAAUUCGCGAGGUAUCGCAAAAAUACCCGAUUGUAAGAGGAAUGGCUUCUUACACAGUCAUUUGGCCGACAGGAUGCUUAAUACAACAAAAAAUAAUAGGACAUGACGAAUUAAAUUAUAUGCAAGCAUUAAGAUUUAGUUUAUAUGGUGGGUUUUUUGUAGCUCCAACACUAUAUUGUUGGAUAAGAUGUUCUUCAUAUUUUUGGCCAAAGUCAGACCUGAAGUCUGCAAUUACCAAAGCUUUAAUAGAACAAGUCACAUAUAGUCCUACUGCAAUGUGUUGUUUCUUUUUUGGUAUGAACUUACUUGAAAUGAAACCAGUGAUGGAAUGUAUUGAAGAAGUUAAACAUAAAUUCUGGCCUACAUACAAAAUUGGUGUUUGUGUAUGGCCUGUUUUACAAACAAUUAACUUUUUUUUUGUCCCAGAACAUAAUCGUGUAAUUUAUGUAAGUUGUUGUAGUUUAAUUUGGACAUCUUUUCUUGCAUAUAUGAAAUCUUUGGAAACAAAGAAAUUACAAAAAGAUUUAAAAGGUGACAAUAAUUUAAAGUACAAAGGUCAAAAUAUUAUUGAUCAAAAAGAAGAUAAAAGUAAAAGGUGCUGAGAUAUGGCUCGUUCC